CCGCUCUUCUUUCUUCUAGCCUUCGCUUCUCUUCCUCUCGCGCCGCCGCCGCCGCCACCUCCUCCGCAGGCAGCCUUCCGCGAAGCGAGGUCGCAGUCAGCCAUGGCGGACUCGAAGGCCACAUCGGCGGUCACCCUCCGCACCCGCAAGUUCAUGACCAACCGCCUCCUCUCCCGCAAGCAGUUCGUGCUCGAGGUCAUCCACCCGGGCCGUGCCAACGUCUCCAAGGCCGAGCUGAAGGACAGACUGUCCAAGGUAUACGAGGUGAAGGACCCCAACUGCAUCUUCGUGUUCAAGUUCCGCACCCACUUCGGAGGCGGCAAGUCCUCCGGGUUCGGCCUCAUCUACGACAACCUCGAAGCCGCCAAGAAGUUCGAGCCCAAGUACCGUCUCGUUAGGAAUGGUCUUGCAACUAAGGUAGAAAAGUCACGCAAGCAGAUCAAGGAAAGGAAGAACAGGACAAAGAAGAUCCGUGGUGUCAAGAAGACCAAGGCUGGAGAUGCCAAGAAGAAAUAAGAACAUCUUCAUCUGCUCUCUAUCAACCUUUCGUUUGUUUAGGACCGUAUCUUUGGUGCAAUGCUGCUGAAUGCUUAUUAAUUAUAACUAGAAAAGACUGAAUUCAUGUCAUCAUCUGUUAUGUCGAGGCAUUUGUAGUACCGUGUGCUCAGUUUUUGGAACUUUGUCAGACGAUGAGAUAUACUUGCUGUACUGCUCUUUUCUUGUCUUCUCCGUUUUGUGAUUUGUGAUUCGGUUCUGCCAUUGA